CUAUAACGCACGUGUCUUUCUUGAUCUUCAAACUGGCUUCGUGUUAGAGAAUUUCGAUUAGAAGUGAACUGCGCUAGGCAUUCAGUUUUGGCGUGGAAACAAGAUAAGGUUGUGAUGCGAGUUAUUUGCUAUGGACCGUCUUGUCUUGCUUAAUUAAACAGCUGUGCAGUGUACUUUUUGGGAUGGAUUUUCUGGGUGUUUGCGAUUCGGGAGAGUGGGGCGAUACAUCAGAUGCUAAGGACCUGCAUUCCAAGCUGUUCAGUCCACAGACAGGAGCAGUUGAAGCAAGGCCAAAGUCCAAAAAAUUCAAAGCAACAAAAAAGAAACAAGCUACAGUCGGUGAAAAACAGUCUGACAGCAGAGACAUACAUGUAAAGAAACCGAGGGAAAACAAAACGUCUGCAAAACUGCAACAUGGUUCAGUGAAUAAGGAGACAGAAACUAGCGGUACAUCAGUCAAACGUGAAAAGGUUACGACAAAGAAGAAAAAGAAGAGGAAAAUAGACACCAGUGAAAGCGAGGUACCAGUGAAGAAAAAGAAGGCAAAGAAGGCAUUGCCGUCAACAGCUACUCCUGUUGCACAAGGAGAACAAAACAAGGAACUGAACAGUCAACAAAAUGAUGACAAUGAAACCCUUGGCGAGGAUAGGACGAUAAACGUUGACCAGAUAAAGAAGAAAAGAAAACGAAAGCCCAGAAACAACAAAUUCAAAACUGCAGAGUUUGGAUAUGUAGCAAAGCCGAGCGAAACCAGGACCUUGGACGCUGAGUCAGAAAUCCGAAACCAAAAUGGAAAAUCCAUCGCACGAACUUUAGAGGUGAAAGGAGAAGUUAAAGACGGAAACAAGAAAGUUGGCAAGAAAAGGUCCAAAAAACGCAAAGUAAAAAAACCUGCAAAGACACAGAUUAAUCAAAGGACUCCGUCGAAAAACAACGUAGACCGAACAAAGGACAAAUCUGAAGGAUUUGCGCAGUUGUCGUCCCCUGGAGACAAAGUGCAGAAAAAGGCAUCCGAGAAUUUGGACCAAAAAAGCAAAACUGAGAAUGACGUCUCUGAGGAAAGGACUAAGCGAAACAGAAAAAUGAAAAGAGCUAAUGUCAAAAUCGAUUCCCAGCUUUCUAAAGAGGAAAUCGAGCCUGUGGAUAGACAACAUUUGAAAUCAGCAACCAAAUGUGAAAAGUUAGAAGGUGGCAAAUUGGCGGUCAGCCAAGAUGAAGACAUUUCGGAAGAGCCUUUGCCGGACCUUUCGGCCAAGCAGGCCCUCAAGUCCAAGAUGGAGGCCAAGCUGCAGUCGGCCCACUUCCGGUUCCUCAACGAGCGGCUGUACAAGACCACGGGAUCCGAGGCCCAGCAGAUGAUGGCACAGGACAGGGAGUCGUUUGAUAUCUACCAUCGGGGCUUCGCGCAGCAAGUCAGGCAGUGGCCCGUCAACCCCGUGGAUAAGUUCAUUGAAGAUCUCAAGUCCAGACCAGAAAACUUGACGGUCGGUGACUUUGGUUGUGGAGAUGCACAAAUUGCACGGAGCGUCAGCCAGACUAUCCACUCGUUUGACCUGUGUGCCCUCAACGAACACGUGACAGUUUGUGACAUGGAAAAGGUACCCCUGAAAAACAACUGUCUGGAUGUAGCCAUAUUCUGCCUGUCUCUGAUGGGAACCAACUGGAUUAGCUACAUCAAGGAGGCCAACAGAGUGCUGAAAAUGAAGGGUCAACUGAAGAUAGCGGAGGUCGCCAGCAGGUUUGCCUCGGUCGCCGAAUUCCUGAAGAUCAUGAAACAGCUGGGAUUCAAGAAAGAAUCUAAAGAUUUUUCCAACAAGAUGUUCCUGAUGUUCGACUUCACCAAGGAGGCAUCCACAAAGAAGGUGGAGUUGGAACGGGGCGAGGUCUUGAAACCGUGCCUCUACAAGCGACGCUGAAAACAGACUCAGCAACCCUGGACAGUAAAAGCAAGGGGGUAGGCUAAGGGGCACAUGUUGCCCUGCACACACCACAACCCCCCCCCCCCCCCACCUUGUCUCUCAACUUACUAAUUUCCAAUGAAGGUGAAGUUGGAAUGAGGCGAGGUCUGUAAUCCAUCCGUGGACACAACUUGGACACGUGGCUCAAGACGCACAUACGCCAAACUGGUGAAAAACCUUUCCCUUCUGGGUCACUGUCAAAUUACCGGAAUUUUCCCUGAUUUGUGUGGGUUUUCCCCUAAAUUUCCUGAGUUUUCGCUGACUGGAAAAAUGGAAACUCAUUUUCAAGGUUUUCCUGGGAACCCUGUAAUGGGCCAUAUUUUUUUAAGCGAAUGUAAUUUGACACCAUUUUGGGGCUACAAACAAUAGAAAAAUCACAUACAUUGUAGUAACUUGAUCUAAAUCUAAAUUAUAAGGAUGGUUAAAACAUUUUUUAUUUUUAAGCUGUUGCAAUAUGUCAAUUUGCGUUGGUAACCUUGGAUUCACCCAGAUGGGAUCGUUACAGCGCCCUCAAGAAUAUGGCCCAAUGAGCAAUGUUUUCUUAAAAUUAAAAAUGUCAGCAUAAAAAAUAAUGAUAAUAAUAUGGUGCUUAGUGCUAUACACCCAAUUCUCAAAGCGCUUCACAAUUAUUACCCUGGUUCAUCAGGCCAUGGGACUACUUUUCUGCAGCAGCUCGAGAUCAGCGCAGUUAGUGCGGCAGAUAGGUGAUGGGAUUGUGCUUUUGAAGAUACAAAAAUGGCAUUUACCACACAGUCAGAGUAUGUCAUGAGAAA